CCAGCCGUUGCGGCAGUGGAUCUUUCUACAGUGACCGUUCGAUGCCGUCGCUCAAGGUGCUCGUCGUCGGCCCGAAGGAGGGCGGCAAGACCGCGAUCGCCAACUUCCUGGCCGAGGGCACGGAUCGACUGGGUAACCAGGAGCGGUACCAGCCCACGAUUGGAGUCCGCAUUCUUGAAUGCGAGAAGAACCUCGGGCGCGGCCAAGUGAGCGUGGAGUUUUGGGACUGCUCGGGCGAUCAAAUCUACGAAGCGUGCUGGCCCGCCAUACUGAAGGACGCGCACGCAACGCUGCUUGUGUACAACCCCGAGAGCCACGUGCACGAGAGCGAAGUGACCUUGUGGUACGAGUGGUUUGUGCAGAACGCGGGCCUGGAUCCAAGCCAAUGCCUCGUUUUCGCGCACUCGCCCAACAAGACGGGCGGGCGCGGCAAGGUGAACCUUCCGCCGUCUCUCAAGACGGUGCAGACCAACUAUGAGGCCGCGACCGUGCUCAAGUCGGAGUUUGACGCGUUCCUCCUUACUGUCCAGGACGCCGUGCAGCGGCAGCAGCGCAGCCGCAAAUGAACGCACCCAGUAGCACCCGAUAAUACAAAGCUCAUUCGUUG